UACCGGAACGACGACGCAUCUGCGAAGGUCAGCCAUGCUACUCCAUGCGAGCUACUCACCGCGCGCUUUUUCGAGAGCCGUUUCCCGCGCCACAAUCGUGCGCGGAAAACCGCGCCAGACGCCGAGCACGCGCGUCGCGUCAUUGGUCGGUUCCUGGAGGCUCGCGCCGUGACGUCAUAGACGCGGACGCGCGCCGCGCCCCGGCGGCCGCCUAGCGGGAGUGAGUGUCCCGCGCCGCUCUUCACUGUCUCGCUCGUCUGCAAGCCGGACGUUUCGGUUCCAGUUUCGUCUUAUCUUCUUGUUCCAACUCCUUCCAAAACUUGGCUUCAACUCAGAAGGCCGUGCUUCUCCGGAAUUCGCGAUCGAUCACCACCAAUCGCUGAAGGAGACACCCGGCGAACUGUGCUUAGUUUAGACGCGAGAAGUUUGGUUCGUCGUUGUUUUUGUGGGGAGAACGAAGAGUACGGAGGAGCGACUCGGUCAAGAUGCGACCCAUGGAAAAGUGUGUGUGGUGCGGCGUUGCGGCGUUCCUGCUUCUUGGGAUCUUACCCGGACAAUCGUCCGUCAAAGGUAAGGACGUGGUGUCCUCCUUUGGUGAUGCCAAUUCAGCCAAUUCCAACGCAGCCGAGGAAGAGAUGGAAGUUCCCACAGACAAGAAAGUCGAGUUCCUGACGAAAGAUGACACGUUCUUCUUCAAUCUCGGGGAUACGGUACUAUUGCCAUGCAAAAUCGUCCAAACAGGCGACGAUGAGUUCAUCAAGGUGUGGAUCAAGAACAAAGACAUCCUGUUCGCCGGCUCCUUCCGCGUGCACCCGGACCCUCGGAUGUCGCUGGGGCCCGACGACGAGCUCAAGAUCGAAGGCCUCGUGUCGGGCGACGACGGCGUCUACACCUGCAAGGUCAACAGCCAGAUCGAGCCCAACUCCAUACAGCACAAGCUCGUCCUCCCAGGACCCCCCAAGUUGAAGACGCACCCCGAAAGUGGCGAAGUGAAAGUAAUGAAAGGGGAGCCUUUCGAGAUCGGCUGCACGGCCUCCGGAAAGCCAGACUCCGUCAUCACCUGGCGGCACAUGAACGACUCGUCCAUUAACGUCGCCGCUCUGGUAAAGAACAACGUCAUUCAGAUCGACUCUGCCGAACUCAAGCAUUCUGGGACGUACGAAUGUACGGCCGCAAAUGGCUACGGCGAUCCUGUCGUUGGCUUCAUUACCGUCAGCAUUCUCGGGAAGCCAACGGUGACGACGACUCUGCAGUGGACGGCCGGUUUUGCCGGAAGCCUGAGCGCAGAGCUGCUGUGCGUGGCCCACAGCGCCACUCCGAGCAGCACGCGCUGGGUGCGCGACGACGGGACCUGGCUACUCCACGGCGAGUCCGUGCACCUCUUCACCGCCGGCAACCAUUACACGGCUAAGUUCAAGGAGGUCAGCGAACGGGACUUCGGCAACUACACCUGCGAGUCGAAGAACAAGUUCGGCGUCACCAUGGAUACGGUCGAGCUCUCCAAUGUCCCAACCAAGCCAUAUGUAGUUCCCAUUGAGGCUCCAAACACCACAACCUACGAGAUUUCCCUGUCUACAGUGACUCCAUUCCCCGUGACGAAGUAUGUGCUCUUCAUCAGAGCAGAAAAACACGCAGACGAAGUGGACGAGUGGAGGAACAUUACCCUGCCCAGGCAUCAUCAACAGAAGACUGGCUCUAAGCAUGCCACAAACUAUCUGAUAACUAAUUUAGAGCCCGGAACCAAGUAUGAAGCCUACGCGGCCGUAAGCAACGAAAAGGGCAUGAGCCGGCUCACGGACUUCAAGUUCACCACUGCAUCUGCGCCCCCUAAAACGACAAUGCACACCAAAGCCACAACAGAGGUUGAAACUGGUCUUCAAGCUAAUGAUCCUGAUGCCCUUCAAGAGGAAAUUAAGGACGAUCCCAACGCGGGGUCCUCAUCCACCCAGAACAGGGCGCUGUCCGUCCACAUGGUUGGCUGCAUUACCGUAGCACUGCUGUCUCUUUUUUUCUGUUGAACUCGUCGAUCGCCAUGAGCCGUAUCGUAUUUCUUAUGCCAUCGGAAGAAGACAUCUGACGUAAAGAGGUCGACCAACAAACUCGUUCCUCAAACACAAAAAGGAUUUUUGUUCCGAAAAAAUGGAUCUUAAAGAUACCAAUGCAUAAGGCACAUGGAUCUCUUCGAUAGGCUUUCUUCCUCGGCUUUUAUUACUUGAAAAAGUUGUUGGACCGUGGGGAAAUGCCUGAGUGAGCUGAGAUGAAAGAUCCAGGCUCUUCUGCUGGUUCAAGUAAAUCUGUGUUUUGGGGGAUGUUGGAAAUGACCCUGUAAAAAUAAUGUUGGGUAGCAGCAAGAUAGCGUAAAAGUUGUCCAAACUUCUUGGAGUAGUGGUAAUUGAGAACGAGCGUGAAAUGAAAGAUGAGUGAGAGACAGUCUGAAAUAUACACAUGUUUCCCAACUUCGGAAGUUUGGGCAGCUCCUGUUUUUAUCUAGCCAUUUAUUUUGCCUUAAACGUGCACAGUUCUUGUACUUUUUUACUUGAGUGACAUUCACAACUAUUGCUUUAGCUGAAUAUGUUCUCAAUCCUAAAAUUGGUGUCACAUUACAAUGAUUCACGUGUAAUCUGAGUAAAAACAGGCAUAAUAGACGACAGUGUUCUCUUAGAUAAUCCAUGUGCAGCUAACGAACGUCUAGCCCUGGAGUGUCUCCCUAACAGUUAGCUCACAAAUUUCAGCAGCGCAUUUGGGUAAUGGUAUGUCGUCAAGUGCCACCAACAGCUCAAGCAAAUAAAUAUAUAGAUAGCUUGCCAGUUUUUAGAAUAAAGCAUUUGCAAGUCGUUUCUGAACUGAGUAUCCUAAACAUGACUAUUUAUGGUUGAUGGGACUCAAAAAUGUUUGCUUUGCUUCAAACUUCCCGAUGCUUGUGGCGAUUUCGUGGUAAGGAAAUGAGAAUGUUUUAGCUGUAAUAUAUUUUAUGCAUUAUGAAACAUUAUACUUAAUGCCUCUUGUAUCAAGCAUCCCAUCCUGUUACAUUCAUUUAUCGUGGUUUACUGUGGUGACAAGUUACACCCACCCUUUCAGUGUUUUGUGCAUGCUUUUCUUUAUUGAAGUUGUGUUUUGUAUAGUUUGUUUCACAGCGCUGUAAACAAAGACGAAUGUUGCAACUUCAUUUUCACAUUAAAAUAAACUCCCUGUAGGAAUGCUAGCCGAAACUACUACAAUUCAUUGACAAUAGGAGUGAGUCUGAGCAUUGCAUCAGUGUGUUGAUAUUGCAACUGUUGUGAAUGGCAUCUAUAUGUGAAGGUCUCUGUUCUCAAUAAGUAUUUAUUUCGCUAUCGAUUCAGGAUGUAAAAGUGAUAGUUUCUGAAAAGCAAUCCCAGUCAGCUGCCUUGGAAUGCUUCAACCCUGUUCUAGAGUUCGGCACCUGUAUUGAAUGCAGGACCUUAAGCACAAGUCACUGCAAAAAAUCUAGAAUGUACAACAGACUCUCUAAACUCUUCGCAACAAUACUGCCAUGUGUGUAAUAAUUGUGAGGGCGGAUAUUAUGUGCUGCAUAGCUCCUUAUUCAUUUCUGAUCCGCUAAAUUAUUGCUGGUAGCUAUCACGAAUGCAUGCUUUCGAGAGUAGUUUUAUGCACAAGUUACAUACUCCAAUUCGAAGCUUUCCAGGUAGAAAGCUUUCUACUGAUCUAUGAGAUGCCAGGACAAAUGUAGUUUCAAAGUACUUUCUUUUUUGUUUGAACUUUGUUAUUUCAGUACUGAUUAGUAUAUCUGGAUGCUUAAUUGUACAUUCCAAAUUACCGCGGCAGAAAUUGUUUGCAGCAGUGACGUCAUGAUCUUUUUCACAGUGCGGCCAUGACACCAAAGUGCCUCUCAGUUCUGGCAAGAUAGAAUAUAUAGCAAGAUGAAUUCAACUCAAUCUGUGAGCUUUUGCAAUUGCCUGAAAGACCAGCCCCUUUUUUUUUACCUAUUUGCUCGCAAAUAACCUUUCUGGAAUGACUGAAUAUUGCUGUGCUGUAGUCCAAACAUUUACUGAGGUACUAGUAAAAUACGCUCGUAUCUGCAAUCUUAACACUUAAAAACUUCUUGUUCAAAGCCUGGUUGUUCUCGCUAUGCAAAAGAGCUACUAGGAAUUAAGCAAAGUCAUGCUUCACCACUGCAAAUAAUUUCUUUGUAUUUGGAAUUUACAACGGAAUCGAGACUUGUGAACCUGUGAAUGUUCUGUCAAUAAACGAAAAACCAAAAUGUG